AUGUUCACCAAGAAGAGCCUGUUCGCUUUCGUCAGCUGCUUGGCCUUGGCCGCAGCAGAGACCUCGACCGUGCAGUACCCUACCGCUGCGGAGAUUGAGGCCUCGCGCGAGUCUGUGCUGCCUUACUCGCCGGUCUCCAAUGUCCGGGGUCUUGCUUUCGACCGAUUUGUCAAUAUCUGGAUCGAGAACACUGAUUUCGACACCACUGCUGCGGACAAGAACUUUGAGGCGCUGGCGAAGGAGGGUAUCAUGCUGACCAACUACUUCGGCGUCUCUCACCCUUCGGAGCCCAACUACUGCGCUUCCGCUGCCGGUGACGACUUUGGCAUGGACAACGACGACUGGCACCAGAUCCCCGCCAACGUGUCCACCAUCGCUGAUCUGUUCGACACCAAGGGUGUUGCCUGGGGCGAGUACCAGGAGGCCAUGCCCUAUGCCGGUAAGCAAAAUAAGCUCUUUCGGUUCACCGGCUUCCGCUACCCGGAGUCCGGGCCGAACGAUUACGUUCGCAAGCACAACCCUCUGAUCCUGUUCGACUCUGUCACCAACGACGCGGUCCGCCCUCGUCAGAUUAAGAACUUCACCUCUUUCUACGAGGACCUGGAGCACCACCGCCUGCCCCAGCACAUGUUCAUCACCCCGAACAUGACUAACGACGCUCACGACACUAACAUCACCGUGGCCGGCGACUUCCUCGCUCGCUUCCUUCCCCCUCUUCUGCAGAAUGAGUACUUCACCAAGGACACCCUUGUGUUGGUCACCUUCGACGAGACCGCCACCUACAAGCAGGAGAACCGCGUUUACUCCUUCCUCCUUGGCGGUGCUGUCCCUGAGCACCUCAAGGGCACCCAGGAUGACACCUUCUACACCCACUAUUCGGUUAUUGCCUCGCUGAGCGCUAACUGGGGUCUUCCCUCCCUUGGCCGCUGGGACUGCGGUGCCAACCUGCUCAACCUGGUUGCUGAGAAGACUGGCUACGUCAACUGGGAGGUCGAUCUCAAGACCAUCGCCGAGAACGACUACCUGAACCAGACCUCCCCGGCCCGCUGUCUGAUGUUCUCUUCCGAGUGGCCUAUUCCUACUGUCCACGAGCGCUGCUCUGCUGGCCACGGUAUCCUGGACAUCGUCAAGAAGACCUACCACGGCCUCAAGCCUACCUACAACUACCUCAGCCCCAUUCCUUACAGCGCCGCUGCUGGCAUCAACACUGGUGUUGAGUACACCCGUACUCGAAAGAACGGCAAGAAGGAGCGCGGCAUCACCAACUAA